AUGACUGCAACCGACUUGGACAAGGUCCCGGGGUUGCAACCCCCGCCGGGAUAUGUUACCAACUUCGACAAUCCACCGAAUUUGAAUAAGUGGAUGUAUCUCACUGCCGCAGUCUGUCUAAGCUUGUCGAUAUUUGCGGUGAUAUUCCGUUUGUUUGUCAAGGCUCGAAUCCUGAGGGCGAUGCAGCUGGAAGAGUUGAUUCUGAUCCUCUCGGUGAUGGGGCUUAUCUCAUGGACGGGGAUGAUGAUCAAAUCAACGGCCUGGGGACAAGGUGUACACAUGUGGAAUGUGCCAGAGUCUCAUGUGAUGCACAUCAUCGAGUUCUCAAAUCUCAUCGAAGUCGUCUACUGCCCCACUAUCCUGGGCGCCAAAGUUGCCAUGCUACUCCAAAUCAAACGCAUCUUCGUCGUCGGCAAGAAAGGAACACUAUACUGGAUGCACGAGGUCAUCCUGUGGCUCAACAUUCCCACCUAUCUUGGUCUCAUGCUGAGUUUCAUCUUCACCUGCAUUCCGCGUAAGAAGAUUUGGGAUCCAUCUGUGCCCGGUCAUUGCGCUUCUUCCUCCGCUUCCCUCAUUGCGAGUUCCGUAUUGAACGUCUUGUCAGACGUGUCUAUGUUGGUGCUCCCGGUGGCUGUGAUUAUGCAGCUACAGUUACCGACGAAGAGUAAAAUUGUUCUGAGUAUUAUUUUCGGGACUAGUGUCUUGUCCAUCGUCUCGAGUGUGAUCCGUCUAGUGUACAGUGUUCUGCUCACUCAAACCGAAGACUUCACCUAUGCAAUCAUGCCGGUCGGUCUAUGGGCCAUUGCUGAAGUUACCUCUGUCACUCUUUCUGGCGCCAUUCCGCUACUGCCUGGUUUCGUCAAAUUCGUCCGAAACGGAAACGACUCGUCUGGACAGCGAUCCGGUGGUGCUUCGCACUGGGGUGCCGGCUACGGGAAGAACUCCAAGAUUCAACCCCUCAGCAGCAAGGCCAGCAAUUCCCGCUACUACCCCAUGGAUAGUGAGACGGAAGCUAUCGUUCAUGCCGACGCACUGAAAGAGGGCGAUGCCGUUCCAUUAGGUAUCAUGAAGACAGUUCAUGUCCAGGCCACAUAUGAUGGGUGA